AUGCCGAGUCGGGACCGUACAUACUCUCAGCAAGACCUUGCUGGGCCUAGUAGAUCAGAACACAUGCGGAAAUCAAAUCUUGGGGAAGAACGGCCCACGAUAGAUCUUACGCAAAGAAGCCCUAGCCCGAAGCGUGUCAAAUACGACGCCUCCGCGCUGCGGCUCGAUAGCACGCAGCAGGCAAUCAGCCAACUCAGCCAGUCGGCAGUUUUUCAGUCCCUCAUGAGGCCGCCUAAUGUCGAAACUCCGACGAAGCGCGAACCCCAAUCUCCACCACCUCUGUCUUCUCUACACUCUCCCCCUGUGCUCGAGCACGCAAAUCUGCGAGCACCUCCGCGAACACCUGCUGCCUUGAGACACCUGAAGCCAUCAAGUUCUCUACCUCCGCCUCCUGCGUCAUUUUCACUUUCACCCAAACUCAAACGACCUUCCAUCUCUUUUCCUGUAUCAUCUGAUGCGGUCUCUUCGGUGUCACAAGUGAAUCAGAUCUCGCAGCCUAAAUCCCUUCCCGCUUGGCUGCCCACUCACAUUUCAAAAGAAGAGCAAACAUCCCCGUUUCUGCUUCCCCCUCCAAAAACUACCCCAUCUCCAUCGAGGACAAGUCCUGUCUUACUACCUGUCCCUUCUGUUCCAUUGCGUGUGCCAAAAAAAGAACCUAUACCACCGAGUCUUCCGCCGCCGCCAUCAUCACCACCAUCAUCGACACCAACUUUCUCAACGACCUACGCUUCUAAGCUUUUUUCUGCAUCAUCUCCGGUUAAGAACAAGAGUGGGGGCGCCGAUGCUACCAGAGAGCUGUGGGACGUCCGGCAACAGAUCACUGCGCCGAAAGUGCGUGAAGAUGCGCCUCUGCGCAAGCCCAAGCCAAUCGGUGGAUCUGAGCCACGAACCAACCCCGCGGCUGCCAGGCCGUCAAAUGGCGCCACACCUGCUGAGAGGGCGACGGCAGCGCUCCAGGACGUGAUCGAUGAUAUGCGCAAGGAUCUGCAGCAUGAGCGAAAGGCAAGACGAGCUGCGGAGGAGGCCGUGUUCGAUGAGCGGCGGCGGCGGAUCCGUGCGGAAGACAUUCUCGAGGACAUGCGGCGGGAGUGUGCGUCGCCUUUUGUGGUGCCUGCGCUCAUGGACGCGUUCGUGAAGCUCGCGCAGCUUACAAGCGACGCCAUGAAGACGGAAUCGGACCAUGUUUAG